AUGCUUGACUUUGAACUGCCAGCAAUGCUGAAUGACUAUUGGGACGGAUGCUUUAGAGCCUUGAAACGAUCUGGAGAUUUUAAAUCAAGGGGAGUGAAAUUAUUACCCGGAAAAGACAACACAAGUAAAUUUUCAAUAAUGAAUGAAGGGAUGGUCAAGCAGGUCUCCAACUUCUGCCCGGACCCCGGGGAACCAGAGAACGGCAAACGCAAUGGCACCGAUUACAGCAUCAGUGCGACGGUUCAUUUCACCUGUGACGGGGACCACGUGCUUCAGGGAUCCAAGAGCAUCACGUGCCAGAGGGUCGCUGAGGUGUUCGCGGCCUGGAGUGACCACAGACCCGUCUGUAAAGUGAAAACAUGUGGGAUGAACCUCUUGGGCCCUUCAGGAACGUUUACAUCGCUUAAUUUCCCCAUCCAGUAUGAGAGUAACUCGCAGUGUGUUUGGAUUAUCACCGCCAGUAACCCCAAUAAGGUUAUUCAAAUCAAUUUCGAAGAGUUCGACUUGGAGCUGGGAUAUGAUACGUUGACUGUCGGAGACGGUGGAGAGGUUGGCGACUCGAAAACAAUCAUACAAGUGUUAACGGGAAGUUUCGUCCCUGACCUCAUCGUCAGUAUGACCCAUCAAAUGUGGCUGCAUUUGCAGUCUGAUGAAAGUGUGGGCUCUAUUGGCUUUAAGAUCAACUAUAAAGAAAUUGACAAGGGAAGUUGUGGGGAUCCCGGCAUCCCUCUGUAUGGACUCCGAGAGGGCGGGGGCUUCUCCAACGGAGACGUGCUGCGCUUCGAGUGCCAGUUCGGAUUCGAGCUCAUUGGCGAACGAAUGAUUUCCUGUCAGAAUAACAAUCAGUGGUCUGCUAACAUCCCCAUCUGUAUAUUUCCCUGUAUGUCCAACUUCACGGCUGCCGUGGGAACGGUUCUGUCUCCAGACUAUCCGGAAGGUUAUGGCAACAACCUCAACUGCGUCUGGCUGAUCAUGGCCGAACCAGGCAGCCGCAUCCAUUUGGCCUUCAAUGAUUUUGACCUGGAGCCUCCCUACGACUUCCUGACUGUUAGGGACGGAGAGCUGGUGGAUGCUGUGGUGUUGGGACGCUUCUCUGGGGCAGAAGUGCCGUCGCACCUCACCAGCAACUCCAACAUCCUCCAGCUGGAGUUUCAGGCUGACCACUCCAUGUCCGGUCGAGGAUUCAACAUCACAUACAGCACGUUUGGACACAAUGAGUGCCCAGAUCCCGGAGUGCCUAUGAAUGCCAAGCGCUUUGGUAAUAAUUUCCAGCUGGGAAGCUCCAUCUCAGUGGUGUGUGAGGAGGGCUUCAUAAAGACACAAGGCUCAGAUACUAUUGUGUGUGAACUGGAGGCGGGAAAGGUGAUGUGGAGUGGUUUGAUCCCCAAAUGUGAAGCGCCCUGCGGAGGCCAUUUCACCGCUCCGGUGGGAGUCAUUCUGUCCCCGGGGUGGCCUGGCUACUACAAAGAUUCCCUGAGCUGUGAGUGGGUCAUCGAGGCCGAGGUGGGACGCUCCAUCAAGAUAAGCUUUGACAGGUUCCAGACAGAACUCAAUUAUGACUUUCUAGAGCUUCACGAUGGGCCUAAUCUCCUCUCGCCCCUAAUUGCCUCUCUAAAUGGCACCCAAGUCCCUCAGUUCCUGUUCAGCAGCGGCAACUUCCUGUAUCUUCUCUUCACCACCGAUAACAGUCGCUCUAACAGUGGCUUUAAGCUCUUUUAUGAAAGCGUCAUUCUGGACACUCACUCAUGUUUGGACCCCGGCGUGCCCGUAAAUGGGAUACGUUACGGGCAGGACUUGGCCAUCGGCUCGGUGGUGUGGUUUGGCUGCGAGCCCGGAUACAGACUGAGCCACGAGGAGCAGUUGGUCUGUGAGAAGAACCACUGGUGGAGCCACCCUCUGCCGACAUGUGACGCUCUGUGCGGAGGCGAUGUCCAAGGCCCAGAGGGCAUCAUCCUCUCUCCCGGCUUUCCAGAGCUCUAUCCCAACUCAUUAAACUGCACGUGGACUCUGGAGGUCAGCCAUGGCAAAGGUGUGCAGUUCACGUUUCAUGCGUUUCACCUGGAGGAUCACCAUGACUAUCUGCUCCUGACAGAGAACGGCAGUUUUGCGCGGCCCCUCGCCCGGCUCACCGGUUCGCAACGACCCCCGCCAGUCAACGCCGGGCUUUAUGGCAACUUCAAGGCUCAGCUUCGCUUCAUCUCAGACUUUUCCAUCUCCUUCCAGGGUUUCAACAUCUCUUUCUCAGAAUAUGAUUUGGAGCCUUGUGAGGACCCUGGUGUGCCCCAGUUUGGCAGGCACAGCGGUGGCAGAUUUGGCAUCGGCGACACUCUGACGUUCUCCUGUGACCUUGGUUACCGCCUGCAGGGCGCUCGAGAAAUCACUUGCCUGGGCGGUGGACGGCGCAUAUGGAGUGCACCUCUGCCAAGGUGUGUGGCUGAGUGCGGCUCAACUGUUUCCAAGAACGCCGGUGUCCUGUUGUCUCCAAACUACCCUCGCAAUUACGAGAACAACCACGAGUGCAUCUACAACAUUCAAGUACAGGCAGGAAAAGGAAUCAACAUCUCAGCUAGCACCUUUAAUCUGUCUCAUGGUGACGUUCUUAAGUUGUAUGAUGGUCCAGACAACACGGCAGAAGUUCUGGGAGGUUUCUCAGGUUCCUCUAUGUUAGGUCAGUCGUUGACCAGCACGUCGAAUCACCUGUGGCUGGAGUUUUAUUCUGAUCAAGAGGAUACGGCUGAGGGUUUUAAGCUGGUUUACAGUAGUUUUGAACUUUCUCAUUGUGACGAACCCGGUGUGCCACAAUUUGGAUCCAAAGUCAGCGACCAAGGCCACUUUGCUGGCAGCGUGGUCACGUAUCGCUGUGAUCCUGGCUACAGUCUCCAUGGCAGCAGCAUAUUGAGAUGUAUGACGGGCGAGAGACGGACGUGGGACCACCCGCUCCCCUCAUGCAUAGCGGAGUGUGGGGGAAGUUUUAAAGGUGAGUCAUCCGGACGGAUACUCUCUCCUGGAUACCCAUUUCCAUAUGACAACAACCUCCGUUGCACAUGGACCAUCGAGGUGGACUCCGGAAACACUGUCAGUCUGCAGUUCUUGGCAUUUGACACGGAGGCAUCACAUGAUAUCCUGAAGGUUUGGGACGGGCAUCCGGAAAACGAGAUGGCCCUGAAGGAAGUGAGUGGGUCACUGUUACCCGACGGCGUUCACAGCACUCUUAACGUGGUCACCAUCCAGUUUGAGACGGACUUCUACAUUAGCAAAUCUGGAUUUGCCAUUGAUUUCUCAAGUUCAGUGGCGACCGCCUGCAGGGACCCGGGAACGCCCAUGAACGGUAGUCGCAGCGGAGAGGGCAAAGAGCCCGGCGACACGGUGACCUUCGCGUGUGAUCCGGGCUACGACCUGCAAGGAGAGCCCAGGAUCACCUGCAUUCAGGUGGACAACAGAUUCUUCUGGCAGCCCAGUCCUCCUACAUGUAUCGCUCCUUGUGGUGGAAACAUUACAGGCUCAUCUGGAUUCAUUCUGUCUCCAAAUUUCCCCCAUCCGUACCCGCACAGCAAGGACUGCGAUUGGUUCAUCACGGUUCACCCUGAUUACGUCAUUUCCUUGGCAUUUAUCAGUUUUAGCAUUGAGCCCAACUAUGACUUCUUGUACAUCUAUGAUGGACCUCACAGCAACAGUCAUCUGAUCGGCACAUUUCAAGACAGCAAGUUGCCUGAAAAGGUCGAAAGCAGCUCCAACAUCAUGCACAUUGCCUUCCGCAGCGAUGGAUCCGUGAGCUACACGGGCUUCCAUCUGGAAUACAAAGCUAAACUGCGUGAGGCUUGUUUUGACCCGGGCAGCGUGAUGAAUGGCACUCGGUUGGGUGGAGACUAUAAGCUGGGCUCCACUGUGACCUUCUACUGUGAUCCAGGCUACCAGCUCCAGGGUUAUUCCAGUCUCACCUGUGUCAUGGGCGGCACCAACAGACCCGAGUGGAACAGAGCUCUGCCCAGCUGCCAAGCUCCAUGUGGAAGCCGGUCGACGGGUUCAGAGGGCACGAUUUUGUCUCCAAACUACCCUCACAACUACACCACGGGCCAGUCCUGUGUGUAUGAGAUCUCCGUGCCAGGAGAGUUCGUUCUCUUCGGCCAGUUUAUGUUCUUCCAGACGACCCCUAAUGAGAUGCUUGAGAUCUUUGAUGGGCCCUCGACAGAGUCUCCACUCCUCACCUCUGCCCACGGCUCUCACUCUGGAGAGCCUUUGCCACUGAGCUCUGCCAAUGAAAUCACCAUCAGGUUCAAAACCGAGGGACCAAACACAGCUAAAGGUUUUCAUUUUGUGUAUCAAGCUGUUCCAAGGACCAGCGCUUCCCAGUGCAGCUCCGUGCCCGAGCCUCGCUAUGGGAAGCGCGUUGGGAAUGACUUUGGAUUGGGCACGGUGGUGCUUUUCGAGUGUAACCCAGGUUACACUCUGCAUGGUGCUAGUGCCAUCAGGUGUGAGGCAGUGCCCAACUCACUGGCCCAGUGGAACGGCACUGUGCCAACAUGUGUCGUUCCGUGCGGAGGAGUUCUGACCACGCGCCGCGGGACCAUUCUGUCUCCGGGUUACCCCGAUCCCUAUGACAACCAUCGGAACUGUGUUUGGAAGGUCUUUGUGCCGGAGGGAACUGGAAUCCAAAUUACAGUUGUGACUUUUUCCACCGAACACAAUUGGGACUCACUAGACUUUUACGAUGGUGUCGACAGCAACGCUCCAAGACUAGGAAGCUAUUCGGGAACCACGAUUCCACCCCUGCUGAACACCACGUCCAACAACCUGUUCCUCACCUUUCAGACUGACAUGAGCGUUUCUGGAGCUGGUUUUCACUUGGAAUUUACAGCAAUAGGUUUGGACUCCUGCCCAGAACCUCAAACCCCCAGCAACGGUGUGAAAGUGGGCGACCGCUACUUCGUGGGUGAUGUUGUCUCGUUCCACUGUGAACAAGGAUACACUCUAAAGGGAAGUGCAUAUAUAACCUGCAUGCCGGGGCCUGUCAGAAGAUGGAACUACCCAGCGCCCCUCUGUCUGGCCGAGUGCGGAGGAUUCCUGUCGGACCUGAAUGGAGUCAUCCUAAGUCCCGGCUUUCCUGGAAAUUACCCCAGUGGGCUUGACUGCAACUGGACAGUUAAACUUCCUGUUGGCUUUGGGAUUCACCUGCAAUUCCUCAACUUCUCCACGGAAGCUGUGCAUGACUACCUUGAAGUCCGUAGUGGGACACUAGACUCGGGCUCGGUGAUCGAUAGAUUCAGUGGUCCUGUUAUUCCAGAAUCUUUCUUCAGCACGACCCACGAGACCAGCUUCUUCUUUCACAGCGACUACUCGCAGAACAAACCCGGUUUCCACAUCACCUACGAGGCGUAUGAACUGCAGAGGUGUCCGGAUCCACGGCCCUUUCGGAACGGGGUGGUGAUUGCCAGUGAUUUUGGAGUGGGCAUGACCAUCUCGUUCCAGUGCCUGCCGGGAUACACGCUGCUGGGUGAAGCGUCGCUCACGUGUCUGCAUGGCAUCAGCCGCAACUGGAACCAUCCUGUGCCUCGCUGUGAAGCACUUUGUGGUGGUAAUAUCACAGCCCUCAAUGGGACCAUCUACUCUCCGGGCCACCCGGCUGACUACCCCAAUCUUAAAGACUGCAUAUGGAGCAUCCGAGUACCUCCAGGCAACGGCAUCCACAUCAACUUCACCGUGCUCAACACUGAGCCCAUCUACGACUACAUCACCAUCUGGGACGGCCUUGACCAAACAUCCCCACAGAUCGGUCAAUUCAGCGGCAGCUUGCCUCAGGAGGCCGUUUCCAGCACGUCCAAUCACAUCCAACUGAAGUUCCACAGCGACUUCAGCACCAGCGGAUUCUUUGUUCUGCGUUACCAUGCUUACCAACUUCGUGUCUGUCAACCUCCCCCACAUGUCGCCAACGCAGAGAUCCUGGCUGAAGAUGAUGAAUUUGAAAUUGGAGACAUCAUCAGGUACCGCUGCCUGCCGGGCUUCACGCUGCUCGGGAGCGAGAUCUUGACCUGCAGGUUGGGUGAGCGACUGCAGAUGGAUGGUCCUCCUCCGGUCUGCCAAGUGCAAUGUCCUGACAAUGAGGUUCUGUUCGACUCGACGGGCAUGAUCCUGAGUCCAGGUUACCCUGACAGCUACCCCAACCUUCAGAUGUGCUCCUGGAUGAUCAACGUGGAGAAGGGCUACAACAUCACACUGCACUUUGAACUCUUCCAGACGGAGAACGAGUUUGAUAUUCUGGAGAUCUUUGAUGGGCCCAAUAUUUACAGUCACAGUCUGGCUGUGUUGAGCGGAGAUCUCAGCGUGCCCUUCAACAUCACCACCACCGGUCACCAGCUGUUUCUCCGCUGGUCAUCUGAUCAUGGCACCAACAAAAAGGGCUUUCGUAUCACUUACGUGGCGAUGUACUGCAGCACCCCAGACUCUCCGCAGCACGGUUUCGUGGUCAGCCAGACGGGCGGCCACGUCAACAGCGUCGUCCGCUGGGCCUGUGACCGCGGCUACAGGCUCAUUGGGAAAAAUAUGGCCGUCUGCAAGAGAACUGAGUUCGGUUAUCUGGCCUGGGACUCAUCUUUGCCAGCAUGUCAAGCUGUGUCCUGUGGGCCCCCGGUGGCCCCUGUGAACGGAGGCAUGCUGGCUGCUGAUUAUUCAGCAGGAACACGAGCCACCUACUUCUGCAACGACGGCUUUCGUCUGUCCUCUAAAGAGGUGACCAGCACCGUGUGUCAGGCUGACGGCACGUGGAGCAACCACAAUAAAAUCCCUCGCUGCACAGUUGUGGUCUGUCCCAGUAUCGGCUCCUUCACCCUGGAUCACGGCAAAUGGAGGAUCGUCAAUGGCUCUCGUUACGAAUACGGCACUAAAGUAGCCUUUACUUGCAAUGCCGGCUAUUACCGGCUCGGCCCCGCCCACAUUCACUGUACAUCCAAUGGGACGUGGAGCUGGAGGAAUGAGCGACCUCGCUGCAAGAUCAUUUCGUGUGGAGAGCUGCCCACUCCUCCUAAUGGAAAGAAAAUUGGAACGCAGACAACCUUCGGAGCAACCGCUAUUUUUACCUGCAACUCGGGCUACAUUCUAAUGGGCUCGACUGUACGGGAAUGUCUGGCAUCGGGUCUCUGGAGCGGGAUGGAGACGCGCUGUCUCGCCGGCCACUGCGGCUCUCCGGAAAGGAUUGUGAAUGGUCAAGUGAUCGGUGAAAACUUCGGCUACAGGGACACGGUAGUUUACCAGUGCAAUCCGGGUUUCCGACUCAUUGGUUCCUCUGUGCGCAUCUGCCAACAGGAUCACAACUGGUCCGGCCAGCUCCCAUCCUGCGUGUCCGUUAGCUGCGGUCAUCCGGGCAGCCCAAUCUAUGGCCGUACUGUUGGCGACGGCUUCAACCUGAAUGAUGUGGUGACCUUCUUCUGUAAUAACGGCUACAUUCUGGAAGGCCCGUCUCAAGCGCAGUGCCAGGCGGACCGUCAAUGGAGCCAGCAGCUGCCCACAUGCCGAGUUGUCAACUGCACGGAUCCCGGUAUACCAGCCAACUCAAUCAGGAAGAGCAAAAUUGAGUACGGGAACUUCACUUUCGGAACCGUGGUGUCCUAUGACUGCAAUCCCGGCUAUUACCUCUUUGGGUCAUCGGUCCUAACCUGCCAGCCCGUGGGUUACUGGGACAAGCCAUUACCAGAAUGCCUGGAGGUGGACUGUGGUCACACUGGAUCUCCUCCUCAUGCGGUUGUGAUGGGGGAUAAAUUCAGCUUCGGUUCUACAGUUCACUACAGGUGUUUAGAAGACCGAGUUUUGAUUGGUGAAUCCACCCGCACCUGCCAGCUGAACGGCCAAUGGAGCGGCUCUCAGCCUCACUGCUCAGGUGAUAAAAGGGGUACCUGCGGGGAUCCGGGCACGCCGGCCCAUGCCACCCGAGAGGAGGGCAGCUUUCAGCAGCACGCUAAAGUGCGCUUCAAUUGCGCCACGGGUCACACGCUCUACGGCUCGGCAGAACGGAUCUGCUUCCCCAACAGCACUUGGUCGGGCCGUCAGCCCACCUGUAAACCUGUUCAAUGCGGGAAUCCUGGGACUCCGGCUAAUGGGCGCAUUUUGCGUGUUCACGGCACCACCUUCUCUCACUCCAUCGUCUACUCGUGCGUGGAUGGAUACCGGCUCUCCGGGUCGCCCUCCCGUCAGUGCCUGGCGAACGGUACCUGGUCUGGCAGCGAGCCCAACUGCACCCUGAUCAGCUGUGGGGAUCCAGGCGGACCUGCCAACGGCCUGAGGUUCGGCGAGGACUUCACCAUCGGCCAGAACGUGACGUAUUCCUGCCAGCCCGGUUAUGUGAUGGAGAACGGGAGCUUCGUUAUCCGCACCUGCACCCACAACGGCACCUGGAGCGGCACCUUACCCACCUGCCAAGCGGUGACCUGCGCUCCUCUGCCUAGCGUGUCUAACGGUGAGGUGGAGGGCUCUGUGUUCGAGUGGGGCAUCAGCGUGAGCUACCGCUGCCUGAUGGGAUACGAACUGUCCUUCCCCGCCGUCCUCACAUGUGUCGGCAACGGCUCCUGGAGCGGAGAGGUGGGCAGCACAGUGAAGUUCCACUGUCAGACGGGCCACUUGAUACUGGGCUCCACCACACGGACGUGCCAGCAAGAUUUGACCUGGAGUGGCACUCAACCAGAAUGUGUCCCCCACUCCUGUAAGCAACCAAAGACCCCGUCGCAUGCCAACGUGCUGGGCAUGGACCUGCCCUCCUUUGGCUACACGCUGCUCUAUUCCUGCCAGCCUGGUUUCAUACUCACCGGGGGCUCGGAGCACCGCGCGUGCCGGCCGGAUGGAUCCUGGACUGGGAAAGUGCCCGUUUGUAGAGCUGGCUCGAAAACAACUGAAAAAAUCAUAACGCCUUUUCAAGGAACAUUGAGUCCCAAAGUCAAUGUUCCUGACGACAUGUUCGCGCCCACGUACGUGUGGAAAGGUUCGUUUGAGUAUAAAGGAAUGAAACAGCCGAUGACUUUGACAAUCACUAGCUUUAACGCGACUACGGGGAAAGUCAAUGUGACUUUAACUAACAGGCACUCAGAACUGCUGUUGUCAGGUGUUUACAAGAGUCGAGAUGCUCGUCUGACUCUGCGGCUGUAUCACAUGAGAGCUCUGGUGAAGAGUACCUACAGCAAGAUCACUGAGGAGACCUUGAUCAUGGACGGCUUUGUCUCUGCUGACCAUGAAGGAAACACAUACUUGUUUCAAGGCUUUAUACAAGGUAGAGACUAUGGCCCGUUUGGACUACAGAGACAAGGUCUGAACAUAAUAGAGCCAACCAGGAGCCCAGAGGUUCCACCUAGAACCAACAGCAGCUCUGUGGCCAUUGCGAUUCUUGUGCCUUUCUUUGCCCUGAUUUUUGCAGGCUUUGGCUUUUAUCUCUAUAAACAGAGGAAGUCUGAUAAAGCGGAGUACAGUGGCUGCUCUGUGCAUGAAAACAACAACGGCCAGGCUACAUUCGAAAAUCCCAUGUACAACACCAAUUCCAAAUCCAUCGAGGGAAAGGUCGUCCGCUUCGAUCCCAAUCUCAAUACGGUUUGCACAAUGGUUUGAGGGUUUGAUGCUGUCAGAACGGUCACUUUUGGGUUGGUAUAUUACUUGUUUUAGUCUCUUCGAAGCAACUUUCAAGCACAGUUUGGGAUGCGGUACUGACACAGCGACUCAAAGCUGUGCACAGAUUUGCAGGAAAACGUCAUAUUCUUCACUGUUCGAGUGGAGAAUUAUAUAUUAUCUACAUCUCACUCUGAGAGUGUUGAUUUUGUAU